AUGUUCAACUCCGGCCUCCGAUUCUUUGGUGGACUGAUUAACAUGGCAGCUGCAAGUUGUAGAUUUCGUGACCCCGACACUCUGCAAUCUAUCAUACCUGCUUCACCCCAUGCUCACUUACCCAAGACCCAACCCAUACCACCGCACAUCACCCAAUGCCAUUCUUCUGCAAUGUCCAUCUGCAUUCUUCCAGUUCCAAUCCCGUCUCAUGGCAGACCAGGCUGCACCAACUCCAACACGCCGAGGAUUUUCCAGAGUUCAGAAUCUGAAAAGCGGUCUUUCUUUUCGCUCCUCUUCACUUGCUUCCACUUCCUUCAGCUCUGCGGCCAUGUAGAUACUCUUGAUCUCUGCGUCUCCAUGACUGCCCGACAUGUUCAUCGAGGAUGCCAUUUCGACGCAAGUUUUUCCCGGGAGACUCUUGUGGUGGACAUGGCUGCGCAAACGAUUUGGUCCCAUCCGAUCGUACUGCAAAUGUGA